CGCACGCCCAGCCAGAGGCAGAGCCGCCGCCGCCGGAGGAGCCGGUUCCAUGCCCGCUGGAGCCUCCUCGUGCCGCCGCCGCCCCCGCUCGCCCCGCCAUGGACGUUCGCUUCUACCCCUCGGCGCCCAGCGCGGUGGCCUCGCUGCCCGGGUCCGAGCCCGGCUGCCUGGGCCCCCUGGACUAUUACCACUGCAACAAGUUUGACGGGGAGAACAUGUAUAUGGGAAUGAAUGACAAUAAUCAGGAGUUCCUAUCAGCGAAUCAGACGUAUAAUGGUCAGAAUGAGAAUAAUGAAGACUAUGAAAUCCCUCCUAUAACUCCUCCUAACCUCCCGGAGCCCUCGCUUCUUCACUUGGUGGAUCAUGAAACUGGGUAUCAUUCACUGUGCCACGGCCUCCCUCCAAAUAGCCUGAUACCAGCAUAUUCCUAUCAGAACAUGGACCUUCCAGCCAUCAUGGUGUCUAAUAUGUUGAGUCAGGAUGGGCAUCUGCUCUCCAGCCAACUACCUACGAUCCAGGAGAUGGUCCACUCAGACGCCACUUCCUAUGAUUCCAACCGUCAAGUCCCCCUGAUCAAUCGACCAGGGAUGUUAGCCGGUCACAUGAGUGCCCUCAGCCAGUCACAGCUGAUUUCUCAGAUGGGUAUGAGGAGCGGUGUUACCCAUGGUUCCCCAUCACCCCCAGGAAGUAAAUCUGCUACACCAUCUCCCUCCAGUUCUACUCAGGAAGAGGAGACAGAAUCACAUUAUAAGGUUUCUGGAGAGAAGAGACCAUCAACAGACCUGGGCAAGAAACCCAAAAGCCAAAAGAAGAAGAAAAAGAAGGACCCCAACGAGCCCCAGAAGCCUGUGUCAGCUUAUGCCCUGUUUUUCAGAGACACGCAAGCAGCUAUCAAAGGGCAAAACCCAAAUGCUACAUUCGGAGAUGUUUCAAAAAUUGUUGCAUCUAUGUGGGAUAGUUUGGGAGAAGAACAAAAGCAGGCAUAUAAGAGGAAAACAGAAGCCGCGAAGAAGGAGUAUCUAAAGGCUCUGGCAGCCUACAGGGCCAGCUUGGUUUCCAAGGGCUCUGCCGAUCAGGGUGAGACGAAAAGCGCCCAACCCAACCAACCUUCCAAAAUGAUACCACCAAAACAGCCCAUGUAUACGAUGCCACCACAGGCCUCAUCGCCUUUUCCUGGCUUAGGCUCAUUCCUGUCCCCAUCAGAUCUGCAGAGUUACCGGGGACACCCUCACCCCAGCCUCUCCCGAACCCUCAGUUCCAAACCCAUGUUGCCCAGCAUCAGUGCCUCGCCACCUCCUUCUUUCCAAAUCAGCCCUCCUCUCCAUCAGCAGCUGUCUUUGCAUCACCCACAGAGCUCCCUCCUCAACCAGUCACUCAGCAUGCAGCAGGUCCCACAGCAAUCCAUCUUGUCUCCUUCCAUGGCACUACAGGUACAGCCCCCAAUGAACGCUUCACCUCCAGGGCAGCAGGACUUUUCACAUAUUUCAUCUGAGUUUCAAAACAGUGUUGGACCCCGGUCACCUGGUGCAUCAAACCCCCCAGGAAAUACCGACUGGGACAAUGAUUACUCCAGCAGAGAGUGUGGAAUUAACCACUGCAGCAUGCUGCCAAGGGACAAGUCACUCUACCUCACCUAAACCCACCAUCUCUUUCCAAUAAGGCUCAAAGGAAGGACACUUGAGAGGGUCUAUAAUACGGACCACCCAGAGGGGCGUCACGCAAGUCAUACAGACGAGAGAGCUGAGCUAACACGUCUCGUUGCUGGCUUCAUUUCCAGGCUCUAAGAGCAGUUUUCUUUUAUUAUUUUGAACUCUAAAGUCUACUUUUCGUGGAAGCCCAAACCUCAUAAAUCAUGAAGAACAAAAAAAAAAAACAAAAAAAAAAACAAAAAAA